UGAACAGUCACGUGGAUUGGUCACAUGGUUGUCAGCAGUCUCAGCCGAGAACGACACAGGAUUAGUGAGAAAACUACAUCAGAUCACAGAACUAAAGAAAAAAAUGGAGAAAACACACAACGAAAAGCUACGGAAGCACCACCGUCGGCUUAAGUGCACCAUCCGUGCACACCACAUCACCGGCAGUCUUAAAGAAAAGGGGGUUUUGACUGACGAUGAUGUGGAUAAAAUCUACGACGAGGCCACCGAUGAAAAACGGACCGAACGGCUGCUGUUUAUCCUUGCUAGACGUUCGUCAUCUGCCUUUGAAGCUUUCAUACAGUCCCUGAAGGAGGUCCAAAGACAAGGAACAUGCCUGUAUGAAGACAUCGUACGACUCCUAGAGGGAGCUGAUCCUGACCAAGGAACAGAUGAAGACAAGUGGACUCAUGUUCAAUCACAGAUCAAAGGGUAUAUAGCCAAACGCCUGGACCCAAAUAAAGCCUGUGAUGAUCUAACUAAGUCCCAUAUCCUGACAGAAGAAGAAUCAAACAUCAUCCAAGAAGAGAAAACCCCAUUUGAAAAGGCCAAAAGUCUUCUUUGUGUACUAUCCACUAAAGGACAAAGUGCCUUCCUUGCCCUUUGUAGGGUGUUGCAUGCCCAGGGCCUUGAGGACAUCGUAUCUUUCCUUAAUCAGGCAUCAGUGGGUGAUACUUUGAAACCAGUGACAAAUGUUCCAGAGCCAGUUGAGCACUUUGUAAAGACAAAUGAUGCCACAAAAGUGGAGCAGGCUCUUGGGACUUCAAAUAACCCAUCCAACAUCGUAGUGUCUGGCAUCCCCAAAUCUGGGAAAACCCAGAUCACACGGUGGAUAGCCAAACAGUUCCUUCAUCACCACCCCACAGCUGUGGUUUGGGCCCUGGAUGGACAGAACAGGCAGACUCUCCUGGCAAGCAAGAGGAAGCUCCUUGAAGCACUGAAUGCUGAGGUGACAGACGAAGAAGACGUCACUAAAGUAGACGAGUGUCUAGACCAAGCCCUACAGAACCGGGGGACUCCAGUCCUGCUGAUCGUGGAUGACCUUGAAGAUGGAACCCUCCUGACUCCGACCUUGCUGAGAGAGAGGAUCCAGUCCAGGGUGCUGAUUCUCACACGUCAAGAAGAGCUCCAGCUUCCAGAUGAAACCCCUUGGCCAUGCAACUUACAAGGUUUACCGUAAUGGCUCAGCACUUAAACAAGUUCAACGAAGGAAAUAUCCAUCCAGUGAUCCAAGCUGCUCACGACAAAGUGAGAGGUCGAAGAGACACGCCCAAG